AUGCCCCAACGGGGAAAGACCUUCACUGAGUCGAUCAGGGACCAGAGGGGACGCAAUCAAUUCAACUUUCCCUACUGUUCUGUCGCAACUGCCUACGUUAGUAAAGUCUCUGUGGAUACUACCGUGCUUGCCGCCAACACUUCGCAGGAAGCAGUUGCGAUGGAUCAACACUACGAGGAGGAAAAGGCGACACUGUCGACCUCUUACUUCCUUGUCACAGGAGCCAACAGUGGUCUCGGCUUCUCCAUCUGCUGUCGCCUCAUUGACGAAUUCCUCUUUACGAAGCCGCAAUCCGAGCGACUCUGCAUUAUCGUGACCACGCGCGACGCUCGCAAAGGAAACGACACUCUUGAUCGACUCAGCAAACACUUGCGCCGCACGACCCGCUCGGCAGAAGGUUCACUCAAGGGCGUCGCAUUCCUUCUCGAAUCACGCGUGACAUUUCGGUCGGAAAUUCUCGAUCUGAACUCUCUUCUUUCCGUUCAGGCUCUUUCGAAGAAACUUUUGGAAACCACACCCCGACUCGAUGGGGUCAUCUUGAAUGCCGGUUUCGGCGGCUGGACGGGCAUCAAUUGGUUUGAAGCUACCUGGACGAUCCUCACAGACUGGGUCCAGGCAACAACGUGGCCGACGUACAAGGUGUCAGGAUACGGAUGGGUGACGAAACCGCAGUUGCCCUCCACGGCGAGUGGCAGGACAGAACAAGGCAAAAAGCCGAUUGAGACGGGCGCUGCUGAACCGCAGCUAGGAGAAGUAUUCUGCUCCAACGUGUUUGGGCAUUACUUGCUCUGCCAUAACCUCUUGCCGCUGCUCAAGGCUCCGUUGCUGCCCCAUCCAGGCCGAAUCAUCUGGGUGUCAAGUCUUGAAGCCUACGGACACACUCUCCAGGCGGACGACAUUCAAGGCAUGCGCUCGCUCAUGCCCUACGAGACGUCGAAGCGAUUAACAGAUGUGCUUUCCCUGACAUCUACUCUUCCUUGUACCGCAACGUGGGUCGAUCAGUAUCUCGAUUCCAAGCCCGAACGCUCCUCCAAAUCGAUACAACCCGACAAUGACGACGUCUCGAACGAAGCUACCCACUCUCGGCCAAGAAUGUAUGUCAGCCAUCCCGGCAUCGUCGCAACUGCCAUCUUCCCCCUCCCGUAUAUCCUCUGGCUAUGCAUGACCGGCGUCUUCUACAUGUCGCGCUGGCUUGGCUCACCGUGGCACACGGUCAAGUCGUACACUGCUGCAUGCGCAAUGGUAUGGCUUGCGCUGGCCCCUCAGGAGCGUCUUGACAAUAUGGAGCACAAUGACGGACCCGGGAAAUGGGGCACAGCCACGGAUGCGUUUGGCCGCGAGCGCGUCAGCCGCACGGACGUAGAUGGCUGGGGCUACGGCGGAGUCCCAGGCGAAGUCAGCGGUUUGGGUCCUGAGCGCAUCAAAGGACGGCGCCGCGGUGCCAAGGAUCUGACGCCGGAGAUGAGGCAAGAGUUUGAGGAUCUCGGCCGUAGCUGCUGGAAGGAAAUGGAAGAUCUCCGACUUGACUGGGAGAAGCGACUGGCGUCAGUCAAGCCGACAGAUGCGUGA